AUGGUUGUGAUUUACAGAAAGAUUGACUCUGCUGGUGUCCAGUCCGAUGACUCGAAAAUCUGUGUGGUGAUGGUUGGCCUACCAGCUCGAGGCAAGAGUCUCAUUGCUGGCAAGGGUAAGUGCUUGUUGAUUCUCUGCUCAAAUCAUACUGACAGCCCUCCAGCCAUGCGUUACCUGGGCUGGGUGGGCAUCCCAGCGCGUGUCUUCAACGUGGGCAGCUAUCGCCGUCACAACACGCCCCAACCUGCCGCCACCUUCUUCGAUCCUCACAACGAAGAAGGCGAGCGCAUGCGCCGCGCCGCCGUUGAGGCUGCCAUGUCCGACAUGCUCAGGUGGUUCCAGUCCGGCAAGGGCGUCGUCGCCAUCCUGGAUGCGACCAACUCCACCAAGGAGCGGCGUGCAUGGAUCUAUGAGAAGUGCCGCCAGGCCGACAUCGAGACUCUCUUUGUCGAGUCCAUCUGCGACGACGAGGACCUGAUCAUGACUAAUAUCCUCGAGGUCAAGACGACCUCCCCGGACUACAAGGGCCAGGACCCUGAGGCUGCUGCGCUGGACUUCCGCACUCGCAUACGCAACUAUGAGAAGGCUUAUGAGACCAUCGACGAUCACGAGAAGCACUUCACCUACGUCAAGCUCAUCAACGUUGGCUCCACCGUCAUCAUCAACCAGAUCAAGGACUACCUCUCCAGCCGCCUAGUGUACUAUAUCCAGAAUCUCCACAUCAAGCCUCGCUCGAUCUGGCUGUCUCGUGUAAGUUGUAUUAAUUUGAUAUAUCACGAAUGUCUACUAACAAGAACUCAGCACGGCGAGUCCGAAUUCAACCUGACAGGCCGUAUCGGCGGCGACUCUUGCAUCUCCGAGCGCGGUGAGCGAUACGCGAGAGCCCUCCCCUCUCUCCUCCGCAAAUCCGGCGUCCCCCCAAACACGAAGAUCGUCAUCUGGACGUCAACCCUCCGACGCACGAUCCAAACAGCCCGCCACCUGAAAAACGAAACCGGCUUCGAGAAGCUGGAAUGGAAAGCGCUGGACGAGCUAGACUCUGGCCUCUGCGACGGGCUGACCUACGAAGAAAUCGCCGAGAAGUACCCCGAGGACUUCGCCGCCCGCGACGAGGACAAGUAUAACUACCGCUACCGCGGCGGCGAGUCCUACCGCGACGUGGUGAUCCGUCUCGAACCUAUCAUCAUGGAGCUGGAGCGCUCCGAGAACGUUAUCAUUGUAACCCACCAGGCUGUUCUGCGCUGCAUAUAUUCAUAUUUCAUGAAUGUGCCCCAGGAGAAGAGCCCUUGGAUGGAGGUUCCGCUGCACACGCUGAUCAAGCUCACCCCCCGCGCUUAUGGGACGGAGGAGCAGCGCUUCAAGGCAGAUAUUCCAGCUGUGUCGACUUGGAGAGGGAAAGGGUCAUCGGCGAAGCACCAGGAGUUUCCGGCGGAGGGCGAGUCCAAGGAGGAGGGUGGGAAGUAA